AUGUGGCUGACGAUUGUCGACACCGCGAUACGUCGCAAGGUUGACGCGGUGGUGCUCACCGGCGAUGUGGUCGAUCGCGAGAAUCGUUUCUUCGAAGCCAUCGGUCCGCUGGAGCGCGGAUUGCGUCAACUCGGAGAGGCGGGCAUCGAUGUAUUUGCCGUCUCGGGCAAUCACGAUUUCGAUGUGUUGCCCCGCCUGGCCGACACGCUGGGGCAAUCCACCUUCCACCUGCUGGGCCGCGAGGGAACUUGGGAAACGGCCGAACUCAAGGGGGACGGCAAACCCUGCGUGCGGUUUCUGGGCUGGUCGUUUCCGGAAGAGCAUGUGCGGAUCGAUCCGCUGGAACAGCUCACUGAGAUCGAACCGAGUGAGUUGCCGACGAUCGCCUUGGUGCAUGGCGAUUUGGAUGUCCCACAGAGUUCGUACGCCCCGCUGUCUUCAAGCCGCCUGCGGGCGCACCCGUUCUCCGCGUGGUUGCUGGGCCAUGUGCAUGCUCCUCAGUUGAUCGAGGGCAGCAGCGGAGCGAGUAUUCUGUACCCGGGCUCGCCGCAAGCGAUGGACCCAGGCGAAGCGGGGGUGCAUGGGCCGUGGCUGUUGGAGUUUGAAAGUGGGUCUGCCCCGCGGUUUACGCAGUUGCCACUGUCGCGGGUGUGUUACGACACGGUUGAGAUUGACUUGACCGACGUGGAUGACAAGCCGGAAUUUCAGCGGCGAUAUUUUGAAACGCUUCGGCAGCGGUUGAAAGAGCUGACCGAGAAUGCCUCGGCCCUGGAGUUCGUACUGUGGCGAGUAAGGCUCACGGGACGUACGGCGUGUCACGGAAAAUUGGCGGAGUACGUCAGCGAAGUUACCGCGGAGUUUUCGCUAAAUCACGGACAGGCUACGGGGACGGUUGAAAAGAAUACGAUCGACACGCAACUGGCCAUCGAUCUCGAAGACCUGGCUCGUGCGAGCGACCCGCCGGGUACGUUGGCGAAGUUGCUGUUGGAUUUGGAUUCGCCUGAAGGCAAAGGACCUGCCCUGGGGUUGCUGCAGAAGGCGUUGGAGUCGAUCGACGAGGCCCGGCAGUCGAAUGUUUAUCUGGCGGUGGCCGACGAUCCUCGACCGAGUGAAGAGGACGCGCGAGCAGGCAUGAAGGACCCCGAUCUGCACUUCACUUCGGUUAAGAUUCGCCGCCUGCUGGGUUUUCACGACGACGGAUUCGAUGUGCCGCGGCUUUCGCCGGGGGUGAACAUCAUCUACGGGCCGAACGCCGCGGGGAAGACGACGUUCGGAUUGGCGCUACGACAUCUGUUAUGGAGGACGCCGGAGGAGAUUCGGACCAUUUCGAUUGCCGGGGGACUGUCGGUCAAUGGUCGGCCGAUUGCGAUUGAUAUCGAUCAUGGUCGGGUGGUUUGCCAACAAGAUGGUCGCGAUAUCGAUCCACCUCGCGCUACGAGUACAGACAGUGCCGAUCGGUAUGUGCUGGCCUUGCACGACUUGCUGCAAGAUGAACAGCCAGACGGAAGUGCGACCUCCUUCGCUCAGCAUAUUCUCCGCGAGACGGCUGGUGGAUACGACGUUGCCCGUGCGGCCGACCUGCUGGGUUUCACUCCGCGGCCACGGACUCGCAAUUCGCAGGUGAAUACCGAUCUGCAGCAAGCUCAACGCGAGGUGAUCGAGUACCGGCACAAGCAGCAAGAAUUGGAAACGCAGGCCGCGCAGCUCGACGAGUGGUAUCGCAAACGUGAAGAAGCUACCGAAGCACAAAGGCGACUGUCGGUCAUCGCCCGGGCCGAGGCCCAUCUGGAGGCUGGCGAGAAGCUGCAGGAAGCUGAGUUGACCUUCAAGGCGUUUCCCGCCCAACUGGGCAAGGUGGACGGCGGGGAACUCGCGCGGCUGGAAGAGAUUCGGAAACGCCGCAGCGAGUUGGACAAAGAUGCCCGGGAGGUAGAGCAGAGUCGGGCCGAUGCACAACGGAGAAUCGACGAAGCAGCCCUGCCCUCGGAUAAGAUUUCCGUCGAACAGGUUGGCGUUUGGCGAGAUACGGUUCGGCGGUUGGGCGAGCUGCGUUCCCGAUCGGAGGAGGCCGCCCGACGUGUUGCGGAGCACCGUUCGCACGAAGAUUCGUUGACUCAGUUCUUCGGCGAGCACGGGCAAAGCGUGGAACUUGAGAAUGUGGACGCCGGUGUGGUGGCGGAACUUUCCAGCUAUGCGCGGAGUUGGUGCAACUGGAAUGUGCGACGCACGGCGAACGAUGAAGCGAUCCGGCUGUUGAAGGUCGAUGAAUCGGACGCCGAGGCCGAUGAUCUGCGGCAGUUGGCCUUGCUGCUGGAUCAGUGGCUCACCUUGAUCGAGCCUUCGCCGAGUGUGCUGCGGGCCGGAAAGUUCACCACGCUGACGAUGGCCAUACUGGCGGUGGCGCUGGUUGGCGUGUUGUUGUUUCACCAGCACUGGAUCAUCGGCGGGAUCGUGGCCGUUGUGCUGCCAUUUGCUUACCGGAUCGUGAAGCGGUACCUCGAGCAGAUCACCAUCGACGAGCGGACGCGGAUCGAAAAAGAGGCGGCGGUGAUCGAAGCGCCUCAGCCGAGUACCUGGACGCCGGAUACCGUCCGUAAGCAUCGCCACGCGUUACAAAACGCUUACAACGCGGCGACACUCAAUCAACAAAGGGCCACACGUCGUCGGGAGUUGGAAGACGAGCAACUUCGUCUGAAGCAAGAGGAUGAUCCCGCGUUUGUCACCGUGUGGAUGAAUCAUCUGUGCGACUGGCAACGGGCGCAUCGAACCCGGGUGGCUGCUGAGAAACAACUGGAGUCGAACCGCACAGAGAUUGAUUCGCUGCACCGAGAGCUUUGCGAAGCGUUAGCCGAGGUGGGCUGCGAGGCCGACGUGGCGGUCGAGCGUUUGGGUCCGACGAUCGAAUCGCUGGGGGUCCGUCAGCAGGAAGUGGCUAAAGCUCAGCCGAUCGUGGCUUCGUGUACCGCGCGACUGGCGACCAUCGAACAACAGAUGGCACAGCUCCGCGAGACGGAAGACGAAUUGUUUGAGAAGCUUGGUCUGCGUGCGGAAGACGAAGCGACGCUGCGUCUGUGGAUGGAAAGCUUUCAAGACUACACGCAGGCCCGACAGAAUCUCGACUUCGCUCGACGCGAACAUAAGAAGGCCGCCGAAGCGAUUGGCGACGUGGAGCCGUGGAGGGAUAAAUCUCGCGAGGACCUGGACGCCGAGCGGGCGAGGGCCGAGCAAAUUGCGGGCGAAGCGGCUGAGAUCGAUCGAAAGAUCGGCGCCAUCGAGCAGCAAGUGGCCGACGCCAAAGAGCAACACGAUCUGGAAGCGGCCCUCGGCGAGUUCGACGAGUGUCGUCAGCAGUUGCGCGAGCGACGUGACGAAGACGCCCGGGCGAUGGUGGGCAAUGUGCUGGCCGAGUAUCUCAAGCAGCAACAACGCGAACGCGAUCGACCGCCGGUAUUUCGCAAGGCGCAUGACGCGUUCGUUCGCAUAACACACGGGCGUUAUGAGUUGGACGUCGACGAAGGCGAUCCACCGCAACUGCGGGCGAUCGACACGGCCACCGGGCGUGGCCAGGCGUUGGAUGAGCUUUCCAGCGGCACACGGCUGCAACUGUUGCUGGCUGUUCGGGUGGCGUUUAUCGAACAGCAAGAACUGGGAGCCAAGCUACCGCUGAUCUUUGACGAGACGUUGGGCAACAGCGACGAACGGCGGGCCGGCGAGAUCAUCGACGCGGCGAUUGAACUUUGCCGCGACGGACGACAGUUGUUCUACCUCACUGCUCAAUGGGAUGAAGUAGCGAAGUGGCGUUCGGUGCUCAAAGACAAAUAUCCCGAGGUUCCGCUGACGGAGAUCGACCUGGCCGAGCGCCGUGGGUUCUCUGAACAAGAGCGGAUCCCGCCGGUCGAGUUGCCCAGAAUGCCGGAGCCGAUUUCGAUCCCCUCGCCGGAUGGUAGCAGCCUGGCGAGUUAUCGAGGGUUGUUGGGGGUUCCGGCGUUCGAUCCGUAUCGCCCGUUAGGAGCCACGCACCUGUGGUACCUGGUCGACGAUCCGCAAACACUCUACGAGUUGCUGAAGUUGGGCAUCAACAACUGGGGGCAGCUCGAAGCGUUGGCCGACCGCGGGGGCUUGCGACUGGAUGAAGUAGGCGAGGAUGUUUACGAGCGAGCCCAGGCUGCGAAGUGUGUGCUCGAGGCGUUCUGCUCGGCCUGGAAGAUCGGGCGGGGCCGCCCUGCCGAUCGGGCCGUGCUGCAGGAGAGCGGGCUAAAGGACAAGUGGAUAGAGCCAGUUGCUGAACUUUCCAAGAGGCUGCAGGGCGAUGCUACUGCUCUGAUCGAGGCCUUAAGGAAUCGCAAAGUGAAACGCUUCCCCUCCGCGACCGUCGAGGAAUUGGAGGGCUUCUUCCAGGAGAACCGCUACAUCGACAAGGUGGAACCACUGGCGAGCGAGGAGAUUCGCUCCCGCGUGGUGUCGGCGGCGGCUGAAUUCUUGAAUCGCGGUUUACUCGACGCACAACGGGUGGAUUGGCUAUUGAGGGUGAUCUCUUCACCCGAGGGCGAUCCGACUUCAAUCGCAGAAUCGCCCCCCAAACCACAGCGGCAGCGUGAGUUGAAACAUGACCACCGCGAAUUUCCAGCUCGAUCGACGCAUCGCGAUCGGGUGCCCUACCUUCCAGUUCGGUAUUGCUUGGCGAUUGCUGCCGCGUGCUUGAUUUUCGGCCCCAUGAUUUGCGUGGUCGUAAAAUACCGUAGCGACCGGCUGUCGGUGUGGUUGCUUGGCUUGGCCGCAUUGUUGAUCGGCUCUGGCUUAGCAAUGGAUCUACCAAGUAUUACCGAACCACUGCUCUCCAUGACAAACCUCAACCAAUCGAUUCUGCGUCGAGUGGUGCAGGACUCGCUUCACGAAUGCGGUGUGGCGCUGGUUUUUGCCUUGGUGGUUUCAUUGCUGAUCACGGCUUCGCAGAAUGCCUGGAAGUCGGGCGAGCAUGAACAACAAUUGCAGGUAUUAAACUGCGCGCUCGAAGAGAGCCAACGUUUGCUGGCUGAAGCGCAGGGGGUGGCGAAGCUGGGGAGUUGGAGUUGGAACCGUCAAACCAAUGAAACCGUAUGGUCGCAGGAGAUGCAGAAGAUAUUGGGGGUCGAGCACAAGGAUCCUUCAGAGUUGAUCUUCGACACCAUCGACCGAGUGGUUCAUCCCGACGAUCAUGCCCGAGUGCGUGCUGUAGCCAACGAAGUAUACACAACCGGCGUCGCCCGUCCGGUUGAGUUCCGGAUCAUCCGCCCUGAUGGCGAAGAGCGGAUCAUUUACGCCGACGGCACGAUUGUGAUGGCCGACAACGGGCUGCCCACGCACAUGCUGGGAACUGUGCUCGACGUAACCGAACGCCGUCGCAUGCAAGACGAACUCGAACGAAGGGUGGAAGAGCGAACCGCCGAACUGGCCGAAUCGAAUGAGCAACUCCGCUGUGAAGUGCAAGUUCGGCGCGAGGCGGAAGCAGAAGUAAGGGCCAGUGAAAAACGGUUUCGCGAAAUGGCUGAGAACUUUCACUCGGCUGUCUGGGUGCAAAAUGCCAUCUCAGGAGAACUGCUUUACACCAGCCCGGCGUGUGAGCGGAUCUGGAAGAUGCCAACGGAGCAAAUACGCUCCCAUUCCGAGGCAUGGCUAGAACGCGUCCAUCCGGAAGACCGAGAUGCAACCCGAAAGAAAUUCCGUGAUGCGCGGUUUAGUGAUCCGCCCUGUGCGGUAUCUGCGGAGUAUCGCUUGCUUUGGCCCGAUGGAUCGAUUCGCUGGAUAAGCGAUCGGUCUUUUCCAAUUCGCGAUGAGUCGGGCCAAGUUUAUCGAAUUGGUGGGGUGGCAACGGAUAUCACCGAACAACGUGCAGCGGCCGAAGCACUGCGGCACUCCGAUCGGCUUUCGGUCAUUGGUACGUUGGCCGCGGGGAUUGCGCACGAAAUCAACAACCCGGUGGGGUCAAUUCUGUUGUCUGCUCAGUUGGCACAGAAACAGAUGAAUGCCCCCAAUGGCAUGGAGGCGGUCUCUUCGCAGCUAUCUUCGAUUGUCGACGACGCACUGCGGUGUGGUCGGAUCGUGAAGAGUGUGCUGACUUUCUCGCGGCCCACGUCGAGCGAGAAGGAAGUUGCGCAAUUGAACGACGUGGUGCAAAGUGCCGUUUCGCUGGCGAAGAAAUAUGUGUCGAGCCGCAAGGCGACUCUUCGCAUGGAUCUACAGGAUGAGCUGCCGGAUAUUUCCAUCAAUUUCACAGAGAUCGAACAGGUUCUGAUCAACCUGAUUCGAAACGCAGUGGAAUCGAAAAGUGAAGGAGUCACGGUUGAUAUCAGCACGCAGCGGAGCAACGGUCGAGUGAAGGUUGUGCUGCACGACAACGGCUGUGGGAUUGCCGAAGAUGAAAUCAAGCGAUUGUUUGAUCCCUUCUACACAACGCGACGCAACGACGGUGGCACCGGCUUAGGGCUGUCGAUUUCCUACGGCAUUGUGAACGAACACGGAGGGACCAUCGCUGUGGAGAGCGAAGUGGGGAUUGGCACCCGGGUCACAAUCGAGUUGCCGGUGGCCUCGGAAGACCCAGGGGAUGACGGUGAUCUGGCGGGGCAACCGGCGGGGGUUUCGGCCGAAAAAUCCGUAUAA